GGACGAUACCUAUGCAUGUCAUUCCGCUGCAGUAUACGCCAUAUUGUGUCAUGUGAAAAAAUCACCCCAGUUUGGCUUUCUACUUCUUUAGCUAACUACAGUUGCACUUCCAUUGUAAUUUUCUUCAACCCUUCUCAUCUCAAGAUGCUCCUGUGGAAGUGUUAACUUUUAUGGACGGCCUGGACAACUCUGUGAGAUGGUUGCAGUUCCAUCUUUGUUAAAUUUUUGUAUCGCUUUUGCCACAGUAUUCUGAGUGAUAACUAAAGCUUUGCUGUUCUUCUUGUAGCCUUCACCUUUCUUGUGUAAAUAAAUUUUCUUUCUCAGGCCUUGUGACAUUUCUCUUCCAUGUGGUGCCAUUGCUGACAGCUU